AUGGCUUCCACCUCUCCAAAGCGUGAGGAUGUCGAGGCUUCCGAUCGCGACCUCGACCGCAUGCCCGAAGACAAUGAGGACGUCAAUGCCGACGAGGAAGAGAUCGCGGCGAUGAAGAAGCGCGUCGAGGAAAUGGAGGCCGAAGCCGCGAAGCUCCGCGAAAUGCAAGCUUCCAUCGAUUCGCAAGCCAACGACUUGCGCGAGAACAAGGAGGACAUUGAUGCGCGCAGCAUCUUUGUCGGCAACGUGGAUUAUGGCGCAUCGCCUGAGGAGAUUCAGAGUCACUUCCAGAGCUGUGGGAGCAUCAACCGCGUGACGAUUCUGUUGGACAAGUUCACGGGCCAUCCCAAGGGAUACGCGUAUGUGGAGUUCUCGGAGCCGAACUUGGUGACGCCGGCGUUGGUGUUGAAUGAUAGCCAGUUUCGGGGUCGGAGUAUCAAGGUUGUGCCGAAGCGAACGAACUUGCCAGGCAUGAACCGGGGUGGUCGAGGCGGUGGACGCGGAGGUCCAAGAGGUGGUCGUGGAGGUGGAGGUGGCUUCGGCGGAGGUUAUGGCGCGCCGCCUCCAUACAUGGGAGGUGGAGGACGUGGAGGUGGUUACGGGCCCCCACCAUUCGCUCCUCGCGGAGGAUACCGUGGUGGAUACCGUGGUCGUGGCGGAGGCGGCCGUGGGUACAAUCCUUACUGA